AUGCCAGCCGCUGGCGCAACCAGAUGGACAAACAGAGAAGUAGCGUUUGUGCUCAACUUUGCCGACUUUUGCCUCCAAAGAGAGGGAAGUGACUUCAGGCGGGGCGUCGAGCAGGAGUUCCUCAAAUUCGCCAACCGCAAAGUGACUGUCGCCGCGAUCAGCGCCAAAAUGCGAACAGUGCCUGCUAAGCAGGACAACGUCAAAUGGGCGGACCUUGCAGACACCGGAACGCAAUGUCUCGAUCUCGAGAAACUUCCACGCGGGGUCAUCGAUGAGAUGCAAAGGCAGCGCAGGGUUUGGGGUCUCAAAGAGUUGCCUCAGGCAGAUGACACUCACCGUGCUGCUCCGCAAGGAGAAGGUACUAAGCUGAAAGCUGAGACUACCAUUGCAAACUCGCAGGAGAACUUGCAGGCCAACCUGCAGGCCAACUCGCAACUGAAGCAGCGAGUCAACUCCCAGCAGUCCUAUCGAGAGGACACAGUCUCCGAUUCAGAGGCGUCCACAAAGCACUUGAGAGACGACGAAGACUUUGAAGAGCAGCCUUUGCGAAAGAAACAGAAGCCCAACCCUGCAGCUCGCAACCAGACUUCGAACCGACAGCGCAGUACAACAGCGCCGCCAAACAAAGCCAAGCCAAAGGUACACAAGUCGCAGCACAAAACCGCAACCGCAGGCCAGUCUCCAGUCCCGGAAGCAAGAGCCGACUGUCACAAGCGAAAGCUAAGCUCGGCUGACAUUAUCGAUCUUGCCGGCGCGCCUCCCUCACCCAAGCGACAAGCUCUUGGGUCUGCUUUCUCGAGAACAGAGGUUGAAAAUGGGACGACGGUCACGCUUCCAGAGCUCCGCGGCACGGCAGGCGAUAUUGCUGUCCAAGACGCUCCGCUCAUAGCAUCCAUGCGCGCUCAGGCACAGAGCCACAUUGUGCCUACGACCGAAAACGCUUUUGAGAACCAUGAGCAGUCAAAGGUCUUUGUCCGGGGCAACAAGGCAGCAGCGACAGUCCCGCCUCGCACCCAGUCACAGAAGACAGCAAUGCCGGCGGUUGACAAGCAAGUGAUGGGUCCUAGACAGGUCAACCCUCCUUCUGCAUUCCAGAAGCCGCAAUCUCCUACAGAGCCCACUUCGACGAUAGAAGCGGUGAGAGAUCUCACGGAAAUUGUUGCAGUGCUGCUGCGCCAGCAGACAGUGGCGAGAUUCGAUGCCGCGAGGGAAGAUCUCAGCAGAUUGGUGCAUGACCUCGUUACACGCCGGGAGCUCAACCGUGAGAACGUUUUCCCGAGAGACCUGGAUUCGGCAGGUAUCAACAGGAGCUGGAAGGCUCUCCGCACAUACGUCGAGGACGCAUUUGGGUUCGAGGACUGUGACGAACCUCUGCCAAGGGCGGAAGAUGCAGGUUAUGUCGCAGCGCGCAUCGACGAUCUCGCGAACAACAAGUGCGCAUCAGGGCUUACCUCACCCAAGCAGUUCCUCGAGGAGCUGAAAGAUCGUCUGGAGAGUCCGCAUUUGGUCCAGGCUACUCUCGCAGCCUUGCUGUGUGGAUGGCUGUUCUCUGGCCCGGAGCCGAUGUGCGAGGACAUUUACUCUCCCAAGGAACUGGAAUUGUACCGUGCGUUGCUGCCAACUAGGGGCGCAGCAGAAGUGCAACAGCUUGACAAGAUCGGUAUGAAGCUUCUCUUCGAGGACAAGAACUUCAAGAGUAGCUUGCUCCAGCUACGAGCGGAGCGGAUACUGGCUGAUUUAGAGGCUUCUCUGAAAUACGCAUGCCCGAUCGCUCCAGGUUUCAAGAAGCUCAACACUCCGCAAGAGUGGGCGGAGACGGCCGUCGAGCUAAAACAGACACUUAUGCUCAAUGCCCACGAGUUCCGAAUUCACAAUUGCAUGCCCGGUACCCAGUUCGAUCCUACCUGGAUGCAAGCAAUGAAUUAUGAGCGUUUCCCCAUACCAGAUGAGGACGCCAUGGGCAGGAAUAUCGCGGUUGGCCUAUUCCCGGCGCUCACGGCGCACGAUGCACCGCCAUUUAGCGACAGCGCCACGCUCGAAGACGUCUUGGCCAAGAACAAGACCUUCUUUCCUAGCUUUGAAGAGAAACGGGGCCUAGAUGCGAAGCAAGUCAUUGCCAAGGCAUCCGUGUUGUUGCUGUAA